AUGGACCAGGAAAACCAGACAACAGUGACUGAAUUUUUUUUCUCUGACUUCCCUCAAUUUGAGAACAGCAGCCUCUUGCUCUUCAUUCCUCUGCUUUUCAUUUACAUGUUCAUUGUUGUGGGAAAUUCUCUGAUCUUCUUUGCUGUCCAGCUGGACUCCAGACUUCACAACCCCAUGUACAGUUUCAUCAGCAUGUUCUCCUUUCUGGAGAUUUGGUACACCACGGUGACCAUUCCCAAAAUGCUCUCCAACCUGGUCAGUGAACGGAAGGCCAUCUCUUUCAUUGGUUGCCUACUGCAGAUGUAUUUUUUCCAUUCACUUGGGGUCACAGAAGCCUUAGUCCUCACAGUGAUGGCCAUUGACCGAUACAUAGCCAUCUGUAACCCCCUUCGCUAUGCAGUCAUUAUGACCCCUCGGCUGUGCAUCCAGCUGUCCACCAGCUCUUGCAUUUUUGGCUUCCUUGUGUUAUUGCCAGAGAUUGUGUGGAUUUCUACUCUUCCCUUCUGUGGCCCUAACCAAAUCCACCAACUCUUCUGUGACUUUGAACCAGUACUGCACUUGGCCUGUACAGACACAUCCAUGAUUCUAGUUGAAGACGUGAUCCAUGCCAUCUCAAUUCUGACCUCCAUCUCUAUUAUCACCCUUUCCUAUCUAAGAAUCAUCACUGUGAUCCUGAGGAUUCCCUCUGGUGAAAGCCGUCAGAAGGCCUUCUCCACUUGUGCAGCUCAUAUCACUAUUUUCUUGUUAUUUUUUGGCAGUGUGUCACUCAUGUACCUACGCUUCUCUGUCACUUUCCAACCACUUCUGGACAAAGCUAUUGCAUUGAUGUUUGCUGUCCUUGCUCCAUUUUUUAACCCAAUAAUCUAUAGUCUGAGGAACAAAGACAUGAAAGAUGCCAUUAAGAAGAUUUUCUUUUCUCCAAAGACAUUGGAUGUCUCUGGGAGUUAG